AUGUCGUUAAGUCUAUUACAGUCCCUGGGCUUUCUCAUAAACUGGACGAAAUCAACACUGUCCCCCGUUCAGUCAAUAACAUACCUCGGUUUUGUCAUAAGCUCUGUGAAUAUGACCAUUUACUUAUCAGAGGCCAAAGUUCAAAGGGUUUAUGCAGUUUGCAACAACUCUCUCUCUCAACCUCAAAUGUCAGGACGACAGCUCGCCAGCCUCCUAGGAACCCUGGAGUCUUGUCGCCUUGCCAUAUGGGUAGCCCCCUUGCACCUAAGGGCUCUUCAAAUCCUGCUCAUACAAACCCUGAGGAACCACCAGUUCGACUACAACUGUCCAGUAUUUCUCAAUCUCAAGUCUCGAGCAGAGCUAACCUGGUGGCUAAACAAUUUACCCAAGGUCAACGGCAACCCUGUUUCCCCCCCACCACAGGAUCUCACAAUUCUCUCAAAUGCUUUAAUGCAAGGUUGGGGUGCCACGUGUCAGGGCAAGACCACUAACGGCAAAUGGUCCAGUCAGGAAUCAAUCCAGCACAUCAACCUCCUGGAAUUAAAAGCAGCAUUUCUUGGCCUCAAAACAUUCCUCAAGAACCAGUCUCACAAGGUUGUUCUAGUUACGUUGGACAACUCCAUGGCAGUAGCUUAUCUCAACAACAAAGGAGGCACCCACUCAGUUCCUCUGAUGUCCUUAGCUCUGGAAAUCUGGACAUGGUGUCUUCAGAGAAACGUCUUAAUUUCAGCACAGCAUGUUCCUGGAAAAGAAAAUACUAUAGCCGACUUAGAGUCUCGUACCUUCCUUGACUCAACCGACUGGCAACUCGAUCCAACGGUAAUCUCAGCCUUCCUUACAAAUUGCAACACGGAUCUUUUUGCCAGCCGCCUAACAGCACAGCUACCCCAAUAUGUAAGUUGGCGACCAGAUCCAGGAGCAUUUCAUAUAGACGCUCUAACACUUCACUGGAAGUCUCUGAUGGGUUAUGCUUCUCCCCCCCCCUUCAAUCUAAUUCCAGUAGUUCUCAACAAGGUGAUUCAGGACAUUGCAGAUCUGCUUCUUGUAGCUCCAAUUUGGCAAGCUCAGCCAUGGUGGCCCAUCCUAUUGAGUCCUCUAGUCAGCAACCCUGUGUUACUUCCACGCAGUCAACACCUCAUGCGGAUCUCUCAGAUUCAAGCAAGGUACAUGCAAUGUUCCCUCGCCUUCAUCUGACCGUGUGUCGAGUCUCCAGCAGUACUAUCAAACAGAAGGCUUUCCUGGACAGGUUACCAAACUGCUCCUCUCAGCAACUCGGUCUUCCACUCGAAAGGCCUACGAAUCAGCAUGGUCCUGCUGGAGUCGCUGGUGUGCUAAAGGGAAAAUUUAUCCUGUUUCAGCCACACUCUCAAAAAUUCUUGAGUUUUUAGCAGUUGCUUUUUCAGAUGGUUUGGCGUACCGCUCCAUAAAUGUUCUGCGUUCAGCUCUUUCAUCUACACAUUCGAGGAUAGACAACUUCCUUGUUGGCCAACAUCCUCCUGUCACCAAGCUCAUGAAGGGUAUACUGAACUGCCGCCCACCAAAGCCACGAUACUCAUAUACUUGGGAUGUCAAGAAAGUGACAGCACACCUUGCCUCCUUGGGAAGUAACAACUCCCUAUCCCUGAAGCAGUUGUCAAGGAAACUUGUUAUGCUCUUUGCCCUGGCUUGUUCAGAAAGGACUGGCUAA